GUGACGGAGGAGAAAGUGAAGAAAAGCUGGUCUGUCGUAGAUGCUAAAACUCUGAAAAGGGACGACGUGCAGAAAGAAACCGUGUUUUGCCUGAAUAACGAUGAGGAGACAGAAGUUCAGAAAGAUGACAUUAUUCAAGGUUUCCGUUAUGGCAGCGACAUAAUACCAUUUUCUAAAGUGGAUCAAGAGCAGAUGAAGUACAAGAUAGAGUCCAAAUGUUUCUCAGUGCUGGGCUUCACUAAGUCAUCACAGAUUGACAGGACUCAGUUUAUGGGCAAUCAGGUUCUGAAGAUCUUUGCACCUAAGGAUGACGAUGCUGCAGCUGUUGCACUGUCUUCCCUCAUCCAUGCUCUCGAUGAGUUGGACAUGGUCGCCAUUGUACGUUACGCCUAUGACAGAAGAUCUAACCCCCAGGUUGGAGUGGCCUUCCCCAUGAUCAAGGAGAAGUAUGAGUGUCUUGCCUACGUCCAGCUACCAUACAUGGAAGACAUCCGGCAUUUUGUCUUCUCUUCACUUGCCAACAACAAAAAGUUCAAGCCAACAGAUGAGCAGCUCUCCGCAGUGGACUCUCUGAUUGACAGCAUGAGUUUGGUGGCUGAUGAUGGAGAGGAUGUAGAAGAUCUGUUCAAACCCAGCAAAAUCCCCAACCCCCAGUUCCAGAGGCUGUUUCAGUGCCUACAGCAUAAAGCCUUUCACCCCGAUGACCCCCUUCCACCUAUUGACCAGCAUCUGUUGGACAUGCUAGAGGCUCCAGCAGAGGUAAAAACCUAUUGUAAAGGCGCAUUAACCAAAGUGAAGGCCUGCUUUCCUCUGCAAGUGGCCGGGAAGAAGAAGGAGCAGAAGACGGCCCAGGAUAUCUUUGAAGACAAAAACCAGGAACCCGAUGCCAAGAGACUGAAAGGUGAAGAUGACGAUUUUAGCAUCUCUCUGCUGGCCGAUGGCAACGUGACUAAAGUGGGCAGUGUGGAUCCGGUCGAUGACUUCCGAGCUUUGGUCAGGCAGAAAAACAUGAACUUCAAGGACGUGAGCGGGCAGCUGGUAAAACACAUCUAUGAGUUUGUGGACACCAAGCAGUCUCAGUAUUACCUGAAGAGUAUGAAUUGUAUAAAGUGUUUACGGACAGAAGCCAUUCGGCUGUCACGUGCCCAGAUUUAUAAUGAUUUCCUCCAGUCGCUGAAAGAGAAGACAGCAGGGGGCACCCUCAAAGAAUUCUGGGAAAUUGUCGUUCAAGAUGGCGUGUCCCUGAUCACAUCUGAGGAAUCCACCGACAGCUCUGUGACUCCCGAAGAGGCCAGACAGUUCCUGGCCAAAGCUGAGGAGGAAACGGAAGACACGAGCAUGACGGAAGAAGGAGGAGACGUGGAUGAUCUGGUAAGGAUGUUAUCUGACUAUGCCCCACUAUUUGGUUUCUGCCCAGUCAGAGCGCCAUUGUCUCCGGCAGAUCAUAAUGGUAUCCGACACCGAGACAACUUCAUUAAAAGAUCAUCAAGCCCGCGACGCAUCCGUGCCCGCAACCCUCUGCUCAGUUGGAUGCCGGAGAUCCUGAAUGAAUGGCCGGUGUUGACAAGCCGCGUGCUGCUCGGAACAAUGCUCCGCCAGACGCUCCCUUCCUUUUGUGAAUCCGUCAAAAGACGCUCUGCUUGUGAACAAUAUUGA